UCACGACAAUUCUCACAACCUCAAUACAGCCAUUGCGCCUCAUCACCGCGACAAUGGCAUCCAAAAUUACUCCAUUCGUGUUCCGGUCUGCCUUCCCACCUGCCCGCAUAGCUUCACGGACACAAUGCCGGUCAUUUAUGGCCAGCUCGAGGCUUACGAGCGAUGCCCUUGCUGUUCAUCGGGAUAGUCCCGAGAACAAUGCCAGCAUCCCUUUCAAUUUCACUGAGCAGAACAACAAGCUCGUCGAGGAGAUCUUGAAACGAUAUCCCCCUCAAUACAAGAAAGCCGCCGUGAUGCCUCUGCUGGAUCUUGGGCAACGACAACACGGAUUCACGAGCUUGAGUGUGAUGAAUGAGGUUGCGAGAUUAUUGGAUAUGCCGCCAAUGCGAGUCUAUGAGGUUGCUACGUUCUAUACUAUGUAUAAUCGAUCACCGGUCGGGAAGUGGCAUUUGCAAGCAUGCACAACGACUCCUUGCCAACUUGGCGGAUGUGGAAGCGAUUCGAUUGUGAAGGCUAUUUCAGAGCAUCUCGGAAUCAAGGCUGGAGAGACGACCAAAGAUGGCCUCUUCACUUUCGUAGAGGUCGAAUGUCUCGGCGCCUGCGUCAACGCACCAAUGGUCCAGAUCAACGACGACUACUACGAAGACUUGACUCCCGAGAGCACCGUUGCACUUCUGAAGGCACUACAAGAGAGCGCGAACGUUGUCGAGACCACAGCAUCUAGCUCGGAAGUCGAGGGUGGCAAGGGUGCACUGACUGGUGACGACAAGAACGUAAAGAGUGGAGCAGAGGUUGGAAAGGAUUCCGGAAGAAUAUACGAGAAGGAUGGUGUCAAGGUUCCUUCGCCUGGCCCGAUGAGUGGGAGAAAGACUUGCGAAAACAUUGCUGGAUUGACGAACUUGACGAGCGAGCCCUGGGGACCAGAAGUUUUCCGCAAAGAUUUGUAGAUCAGAAGUUCGAGAAUUGAUAAAGUGUACAUAUAUGUCGAGUAGUGAAGCGGCAAGGUCUGACUUGGUCUGUUUGUGUAGUACUGAAUUGGUUGCUUCUCCAUAUUGUUUGUUUGCAUUUCUUUCGGGCAACGCCUCGAUUUCCUGAGUAGUACCAACAAACGUGUUUUGUCUAUUGUUGCAUAUUUCAAUUUGACAUUUAACGAGAUUUCAAGUUCUCAUUUGUCUGAUGUAAGCCACUUUUUGCCCUGG